UUUGGGGGAUUUAUUCGGAUUUAUUUAAAGGUGCUUCUGUGUUUGCUCUGAUGUAUCAGUGGGAUUUGUGUCCAUUCUCUGUGACUCCGGCUGCCAGUCUUCUGGCCCGAUGCGUCUCCAGAGGAGUUCUGUCACAGGAGGAAAUAGACUCCGCCUCCUUCAGACAGAACAGUGUUCUCUCAUCGCACCUCCAUGAGGCUGAAGAAGAAAUCAGAUUAAAGAGACGACUACAGGAGUUGCAACUGGAGUUGGAGCUGCUGGAGGAGGAGAAGAAGAGCGCCGACAUCACUCACAACGUCUACCUCAGUCGCAGAUUCCAGGUAUUGCAGUCAUUCUGCUCUCACCUUCAGGAUCUCCUGAAGGAUCACAGCACUCUCAGGCAGAGACUAAUGAGGCCUCUGGGUCGUUCCAACCUGCCUGUUCAAGCUCACCUGCACAGGUUUGUGGUGGAUGUCAUGAAGAUGCUGUUGGACUUCGUGGAGACUCUGGAGGAGAAGCUGAACGCCAUUCGCAGUGGCCCCAGCGCCAGUCAUCACUUUGACCAUCUGAAUACUGCUCUUGCCCAGUUCCUGACUCAGGUGGCAGAAGUGCAGAGUUUGUCCAGUCAGAUUCUCCAGUGGAAGGAAGUCCACAGCAGUGUGCUGAGUGACAGCUCCACAUGAUGACCUCUGAGCCUACUGGACUAGCCUCUUUUCCACCUACCCUGCAAUGUGGAGCGUGACAAGAACAUUGUCAUUUUAUAUUUGGAACAAGGGCCUUGUUUUGGCAGUGUCUGAUAUAGUUGUGAAAUAUGUGAUAUGACCUUUGUUUUUUCAGUCGACCAGCUGAUCGGUGGCUGAGGUCAUGUGAUUAUUGCUGCCUGUGAGGCACCAUAUCUCAAAAAGUUGUACAUGCACAGAGACCAGAAAUAAGAUCCAGAUUUCUUUCAGAAUUAUCAGUUUGUUACUUUGUGUAAUUUGACGUUGCGUAUCUCAUCGCAAUGCACCUUUUUAUGUCGAACAUUUUUACUUAGCUUGUAGAUAUGGUACCGCAGGCAAACUGCGAGUUGCUGUUAACAUGGUGCCCAUUUUGAUUUAAACUAUACCCAGCCUCACAGUUUGCUUAGCCCUCAGCUUGAAAUUCCGUAACUGCAUCCUGUACAACUUUGAUGCUGUGAUGUCCCCCUUUAUCUCAAGAUGUUCAGAGGUUUCUUAUUGGGGGAAAAAGGAAUAUGGGAUGUCGAAGAGGGGAAAAAGCAGACAUUAUGACAAAAAAUUGUGGAUACUUUUUUCAUAAUGUUGUGGAGUCGAGGACCUGGGGUCAGACAAGAUGAGGUCGUGGUCAACAUCUCCUUUUAAAACUUUGCCUUUUAUUUCUUGGUUUAAUAAAAAUGUACU